AUGGGCGACGCUCCCCUUUCGGGCAAGUUCCGCACCGAUGCCAAGGUGCGCGACUUGUACAAGCUGGGCAAGACCCUGGGCACGGGCGGAUUCUCCGUGGUGAAGCUCGCCGUGGAUCGCAGCACUGAGAAGCAGUACGCGUGCAAGAUCAUGUCGCUGCCCGACCCGGCCAAGGGCAAGAAGGCCAACGACCCGAGCAUAUCGUCGCGCGCCGACAUCAUCAAGGAGAUCGACAUCCUGGCGCAGUGCGACCACCCGAACGUGAUGUACCUGAAGGAGUACUUCGAGGAGAACAACAAGGUCUACCUGCUCACCGAGCUCCUCACGGGCGGCGAGCUCCUGGACGCAGUGCUGGAGAAGGGGCACUAUAGCGAGGCCGACGCGCGCGUGUGCUUCCAGAAGCUGUGCGAGGGCCUGGCGUACCUCCACCAGCGCAAGAUCGCGCACCGCGACCUCAAGCUCGAGAACCUCCUGCUCCAGGACAAGAACGACAUCUCGACGGUGAAGAUUGCCGACUUUGGCCUGGCCAAGCGCGCGGCCGAGUCGACGAUGGAGACGAUCUGCGGCACCCCGCAGUACGUCGCGCCGGAGGUCAUCCUGGGCAUCCCGGGGAACAAGUACACGUUCACGGUCGACCUGUGGAGCGCGGGCGUGAUCCUCUUCAUCCUCCUCGGCGGGUACCCGCCCUUCUACGACGAGCACGAGCCGCGGCUGUUCAUGAAGAUCCGCCGCGGGCAGUACAGCUUCGACGACCCGGUGUGGAACAAGGUGUCGGACACGGCCAAGGACCUGAUCAAGAAGCUGCUCACCACGGACCCGGACAAGCGGCUCACGGCCGAGGAGGCGCUCAAACACGACUGGUUCAAGGAGGGCGGCGGCACGAACGACCUCGGCGGCACGCUCGCGAACUUCAAGAGCCACGCCGAGGGGCGCAGCAAGGACCCGCAGGUGACGGCGGUCGGGGACGAGGAGGUGGCCAAGCGCCUCGAGGAGUGGUCGAUCGAGAACCGGAAGAAGCUCGACGUGCGCGAGGGCGACGACGAGUGA